UUAUGAGCUUUUGCCAUAGCCCAUCUGUUUCACAGCUCAUAAGCGAAAUCGUUGCCGCCGUGAACCACCGCCGACUACCUUGAUUCCGUUCGCACACCGCCUCCGGAAGCUGUCAAAUUGCGAAUGGCUUCAGAUGACUCUGGUCAAUUGAACUCUCCGUCUCCAGUUUCUUCGGCGUCAGAACUCUGGAAAGAGCGGAUUCUCAUCCCUACUGUACUCGCAGGGAUUGCUGGAGGGGCGUUUGGGUUAAUAUCGAAGCAUCGAAAAGUUCACGGCCUUCAAAAGAUAUCAGCGACGUAUGCUACUAAUUUUGCAAUCGUUGCUGGCAGCUAUUGCGGAGCGCGUGAAUUUGUAAGGGUGAGUCGGACCUACAAACCAGACGACUUGCUUAACUCAGUGAUAGGAGGUUUCGGAAGUGGCGCACUUCUUGGACGCCUUCAAGGGGGGCAGCUAGGCGCAGUUCGUUACUCAGUUAUUUUUGCUGUUGUUGGGACUGCUGUCGAUUAUGCUACUCUAAGGCUAAAGCCUGUCGCGAAAGAAUUGAUUGAGAGCAAAGAUAGAUGGCUGAAAUUACCAGAGUGGUCGCCAAUCCAAGUUCUCGAUGAAGAAGCUCUUGCUGCAAAACGAGCUCGGGAAGAGCAGGCUUACAGAAAAAUCCACAAUCUCAAAGGAGAAGAAUCCUAAUGGCUUCAUUCUACAUCACUUAUAUUUUUGGCUUUCAUCUGUUAUUUGUAUAACUCACUUCUGUUUGGAUCACAUAGCUAUGAGUUCAAAAGUGCAGUUUUGUAUUUUUUGUUUCUUUCUAUUGUCUGCAACAAUAGACAAGUAUGGGAUUGCAUAUCCUAUUUUUGUAGCCUGUUCUUCCAAUAAACAGGAUAAGAAAAGUAGUUUGCAGUAAUCUGUCCUACAUAUGCUAUCCCAUAAUUUUGUUAUGGAAUCGAUCAUUUUCAUGA